AUGAACCCUUUCAACCCAUCCCCAACAAUCUCAACAACCAGCUCCUCAGGCGACGAACCCGACGUCCCUCUCACCAUUGCAGCGCGUCUAAGAGCGAGAACACGGAAACAUGCUGCUAAACGAAAGGAGGUGAUAUCGAACUUAAGACAAAGAUACAGGGAAGGUGGCAGGAAGCUAUUGGGUGUGGUUAUCUAUACAGCGAAACAAGAAGAAAGAAGUGAUAGUGAGGUAAUGAAACAAAGAGAUGAAGCUGAUGACACGGAUAUCCUCGCAAACACUUUCAAUAAGCACAUUGGAUUCACUACUGGUUCUCAUGCUAUGUCGUCACAGGAGCGGGAUGCUACAUCUACCACGCAUAGCACUUCAACACCCUCGCAAAACCAGCGUCAUAAAAAGCCGUUGCAUAUACCCAACGCCGCGGUCACCUCUUUGGAACAGCACCACUUUUUACAGCCGGCUUGUCCCGCAACUAAAGAACUCCCUCUCUAUGCAACACCAAACGCCUUGAGGAGAAAGCGCUUCAGGGAGGCUUGUGAUGCGUUUGAGAGGAAGUAUAGAGUUUCGAGAGAUGAUCCGAGGGUGUUGGCAAGGAUGAGGAGUCCCAGUCCUGCUAGUGAUGAUGAUGGGGAUAUGGUGGGGAUUAUGAGGGUGCAGAGGUGCUUUAAUGGAGGGGAUGGUUGUGGGGAGGUUUGA